CAUUUCUACGAGUCAAUAUAAUCUAAACUUUCCGAGCACGUUCUGCACCAAACUUAAAACUUUUGAGAUAUAUAUCUUCGAUUUGAUCGAGGGAUUUCUUUGAUUGCACGAGUUGGAAAUUAACCCCGGCAUUGAUGAUGUCUGUAACAAGAGCAAUGUUUGCCUACAGUUCCGUUAGCCAGAUAUUUCUACCACCUAGUCCGGUAUCUGAUAGCACUUCGGAAAUCUCAAAACUCAAAUUCAAAAGCCAGUUUCUUAGAAAUCAAAGGCUGCAAGUUUUCAGCACCUCUCUGAAACUGCUCUAUGCAAGAAAUACAAAGAUGGAAAUGGCUGUAUACAAUAGUCUUGGAACAGGACCUGCUCAUCCUUCUGCUCCUUCUCCUUGUUUAAUACAACUUUAUGGUGAUCUACGUACUAGCAGGAAGGGUUGGGUUCUGGGAAUGCUAAUAUCAAUAAUUCUACCCUUUUGUAGAAACAAAUGGGGGGCAUUACUGUUGAUAAAAGACAAAGUUGAACAAGUGGUGGAGAUAGCAGAUCACGUUGCAGACAUUGUAGAAGAGGUGGCUGAGGAAGUGGGGAAGGUAGCUGAAGAAGUUGCCGAUCAUCUGCCGGAAGGUGGGAAACUUCAACAAGUGGCCACAUUUGUUGAAAACGUAGCGAAAGAAACAGCGAAGGAUGCUAAUGUAGUAGAUGAAAUAAUUGAAAAGGUUUAAUGUAUUUCUCGAAACGCAGAAUCAACGCGUAAACCUAAAUGCUCGUUGUUGAUGAUUUUGACAUUCACUUUAGUCGUGUACCGAUUCGUUUUAGUUGCGAACAACAUGGUCCCAUGGCUGAAUUAUAACUACCAGGAAAAAAAAAGCAGCAAAUUUCAUUUUCUUGUUGGCUGCCUGCUUUAAAGAAGAACGGAUUAAAAAAAAGAAGCAUGCCCAACUUGUUUUCAGUCCAGAUCGAAAAUCAAAACCAACCACAUGCUUCACCCAUUGACAGUCAAUCCAGGCUGUUUUAAACAUGUUAUAAUAUUACAUGAAAUAAACUAAGCAUUUUGCAAUACUUUUAGCAUCGAUCCAUGUUAUAAACUGAGCCUGUUUUUUUUUUUUAAAGUGAAAAUUGGGUUUGCUUUGUUUCUUAUUAAGAUUAAAAAUCAGGUGGAAGAGGUGGAAAAGGAGGUGGAAGAGGAGGUGGAGUCUUUCUCGGAGCAACUCACGGAGCAAGCCAAUGGAAAA